CGGUGGACUACAAGCGAUAUUUAGCAGAAAACGUUCUCAAUGAACAUAAGACAGUCACCUACCGAUCUUUGAGCCGGGUGUUCGGAAUUCAUUCAAAUCUAGCCAAGCAUUGUGGGAAAAAAAAGGAUCCUUUACGAAUUUCACCACGCCGAGAAUAUCAAAAGACCACGCAGCGUAGAUGCAACAUACAUCAUCACCGGUGCUCAGAAGUUAGAGGAAGGGGCAUCUACGUCUGUGGCGAAUGGGAUACACAAAGAUCAGGGCGAUGAUGAUGUUAUGCCGAGUAGUCCGUACAUAAGCAGUUCUCUACCGAAUCAAGAUGCGGAUUCGCAGGCUGUUCAGAGGGCAUCUGUUAUAUUGGUCCGGGAGGAGGAUUUGAAUGAUGCAAAGUCGACGUUUACCUCUAUUUCAUCAAUUCAUAUUUAUAGCUUGCAGUCGACUGUUUUGCCGGAUUUGAAUGUAUUGACGGAUGUUAGCCGUGAGAUGUCGACUGUUCAUGCAAAUGAGGACCCCUUGGAGCAUGGGAAACAAUGGGGGAUGGUUCAAAACAAAUACGUCAAGAGGCGAAACGGUGCGCGACCUCCUCCGCCUCCCGCCAUACAAAAAGAAACAGCUCCUGCAAAACAACCUGUUCUCAAGGAGUUCCCAGCGCAGGAGAUGAAGAUGGAGAGUAAAAAGAAUGACGAUGCAGACUUGAAGCAGCCAUCGAAGCCUGGUCCAUCUGAGCCUACAUCAAAACCGUCAGGGAACACAGCACCGUUGAAGCGACAAAGGAGUGAUAUUCUCAGUUCAUUCUCAAAGGCACAGGCCAAACAAAAGGAAAGACCGGCAAGAAAAGCAGUUUCCGCUGCUGAGUCUGCUGAAUCUAGUGGCGCCGUCGAAGAUGUAAUGUUCAAUGAUGCGUCAGAAGAAGAAGAGCCUGAAGAACUCUUCCCCGAUACAGGGAAAAGAGAGGCUAUCAUCAGUCACGAGACGAAGAAAGAACGAGAAGCGAAGCUGAGAAAGAUGAUGGAGGAUGACGACGAAGAGAUGCCCGAUGCCGUAGAACCCGCCGAAGAACCCGCCGAAGAAGCACUGACCAUUGACCAACCUCCGAAGAAAGAGGAAUUGAAGGAGCAAGUGACCGUUGUAGGAGGCCGGCGAAGAGGCCGGCGACAAAUUAUGAAGAAGAAAACGGUCAAGGACGAAGAGGGCUAUCUAGUGACUGUCGAGGAACCUGCUUGGGAGUCGUUUUCAGAAGACGAGCCCGCACCGCUGCCCAAGAAGAAACCAGCCGUGAGUUCAGCCAAGGCGAAGCCGGGUGGGAAACCAGGACAGGGGAAUAUCAUGUCUUUCUUUUCGAAGAAAUGAGAGGAAAUGAUGACAAGUGCCUAUCGUCAGUAUAAAGAUUAGAUGGAAUUACCUAUUAGUUAACAGCAAAGGUGACUAAUUUCAUUGUACAUUGUAGAGCAGCCUUUUUUCCACUGAGGGAGUCAUUGUACGGGGACGUUGUGAUGUGCUCCAGUAUGCACCUCUAUAGCUUGGUUCGCAGUCUUACCACUGGCAGCAUUGCAUCAAACCUCCCCCACAUCCCCUUCCAGAACUGCUAGAACGCGAGACACACGCCACAGUAUUGUGACGCUUUUCUUCCUCUCUACCUCUUCCCCUCGAGAAAGCCACAGAUCAUGAGAUAUGUCGUGAUGAGAGAAAAGGUCAGGAGCCCAAAGAUCUUUAAAAUUAGACUGAUCCAAGCGUCUAGCACUUGGACCCCAAUAAGGAAGCUCGUAGGGCGCCAUCGUUGCAAUUGUUAGGAUGAUGGUUGACAAGAUGGACGGGGGUGUGCAUAUUAUGGGAGUGUCUGAAGGCAUCCAUCACACUGCUACCGUGGACAAUGAGAUGUCAUUUCCCGGAGUACAGUCUUUUGUUCUUCCGUCUGAUAAUAUUAAUGUAUAUCAUCAAGAGGCUUGAGACAUACGUACUCUGGUAGAUAUUUGUCGCCUUUCGACGCAGUAUCUACCAGCAAGCUGGCAGUGACAUUCAGCCUUUGGGACAGAUUGUCCAAUCUCUUUCUGUAGGAUCUCUUCCGAUAACUGAAGAAGCCAGUUUAGCAGAG